UUCCGAAUUCUAAAUGAAUCAAAUUUCAAUCAACAGUACGAAGGGAAACAUCAUGAGAAAGGUUGCCUUCAUCUUCUAGUUGAAUCUAUUCAUUAACCUUACUCCAAUAGCAACACAACAAAGUAAUAUAAGCUACGUUUCUGAGUUCUUUAUUAUGCUUCGAUAUAGCGUACAAUUCGAUACAACGCACAAUUUUGAAAGUAAAAUGUACGUUAUAUCGAAGUUAUCCUGUAGUAAUAGCCGUUAUCCAUGGUUGCUCUCUUAAACGCUCUCAAAGAUUGUCUGGGAAUGCAUUUUUUGUGUUCCGUUCUGUCCUGUCGGUGAAUAUUGGCCGUUUUUAAUCAAUAACUGGGUUCCAGCGAUUGACAGCAAUGAUUCAAAUUUUAUGUGUGGCAACCCUUAAUAAGUCAUACUUUUCCAGUUCCACUUGAAUACACAUGAGAACCUUCCUGGGCAUUAGUCCUCGUUGGGCAACGGUUCCAGCUGCCUCACGAUCUUUUUCGCACGUUUUUUGUCGUAUGUAAUCUGUCUCGCAUCAUUUCCUGUUGUCACAUCCCAAUGAUCCCGACAGAUGCUUCUUAGUCUAUUUGAAUUUGAAAAACAUAUUGUCUAUCCAGCAGUGCUCCAGGAUGAACCGGACGAAAAUUGAAUAUUAAUUCUGAAUCUAAUUUUCGCAUUAUCCACAGUACUUAAUCACUAUCUUUUAUAUUCAGAAUAUUUUUUCACCCAAAUCAACCGCGCAACUGGAAUCGCUUGUUAAGUACACAAAUAUACGAAGCGUUUAAUAACAAGUCUACACGCGACGUAAUUUACUGAUAUUUCAAUAUUAUUCCAGCAUAACAUCGAAUAAUUUUCCAAAUUUAAUCACUAGUAGAUAUUCGAUCUUCAUAGAAAUCUCAACAAAUCAUAUAAUACAUUGCAAUUUGCAUAUGUCAAAAUGAAAAUGGUACAAAAGUAGGCCGGUUUCCAUUCUCCCACUCUGAUUUCGAUCCAAGCAGUCUACUUGGUAGGUGCACACAACAAUACUUGUCACUGCUGUUUGAAAUUGCAAGAGAGAAGCAAGAAGAAAUUUCACUCAGCACCAAGAUGGACCGAACGAGCGUUACAUCCCGAAUUCCGACCGGCUUGAGGGUUCCGAGAGGCUAUCGGGCCACCCAAGCAAUUGGAGGUAAAGCGGAAUCGGGAGGGAAAGUUCGUUUUCCAAGCAAGACUAUUCCAACCGCGAACGAGAUAGAUCCUGAAGAGAGCUUGAUUGAGGACGAAAAUUUUCCGCCGUUGUUCUAUGAAGACAUAGAGGAUACUGGAGACGACCCGUACGACUGGGAGCCGAUAAACAUUUCCGAGAUCGACGAGGUAUAUUUUCGGAAGCUGAAGGCUGAAUGGGAGCUUCAAAAAAUGAGAGUGGAAAACUCCAGAUUGCGGCAGGAGAAUCAACGGCUAAAAACAGCAGCGAAAGGGCUUCUUUUAUCAAUACACUACUGAUUUUUCAAUUAUGUGAUUGUUCUUCUUUUGUUUUCCGAUGAAGAUUUUAUUAAUAUUUAUUCAUUCUUACAUUGCAUCAAAUACAUAUGAGCUUUCGAGGGGACUCUUCUUGACUACAACACUGAGAAAUGAGCUAGCUAUGAGUAGAUGA